AUGGAAGACGAGAUUGCGGACCUUGUUGACGAGUUCGAGCGGUCGCAGGGCCUUCGAGGCAGCCCGUCCAUCAACGAGCCCGAUGCCACUGAAAAGGAACCCAAGCGGGAGCUGUCGGCUGAACAGACCAAGGCCUUACUGUCGGAACUGAGCCACCAGCAACGCGAGGAGCUCUGUCACGUGCUCAAGGCGCAGCAGGAUGGCGAGAAGGACAUCAGGCUCUCGCCCGACCUGGCGCGCAUCCUCCAGAGGUUCCAGCGGCGCGCCGGCCUGGGGCCAAACGGCCACUUGCACAGCGGAGAGGAGACGUGGCCGAUGUACCUGGGCAUCGUACUGUUCAUCGUGAUUGCGGUUGUCUUCAUCUACAUCUACAUCCAGGAGCAAGCUGCCAACGAGGAGGAGGAGCGAUUUCAUGAGGAGGACGCCUUCUGGCUCUACCGCGAGUUCGGGUAG